ACAAAGGUGCUUGCUCGGUUCAUAAAUUGUUGCAUCGUUAUGUGACAAUAGCGUACCAAUUGUAGUUGGAGCUUGUGUCAUAAAUCUUAAGAAAAAGCCGUCGAUUAUUCAAAGAAAAAAUAUAGAAAAACCAAUACAACAAACUACCGUUUACGUCCAUUUCUGAAAAACGAUCAAUGAAGCUUACCGUGUAUUUUGACUAAAGAAAAUGCCUAAAAUACCAUAUAAACCAGAAAAGUCUGGUGGAAAUGACGAUGACUACGAAAUUGUUUCGUUCGAUGAUUUUUCCGACAAAUCUCCGGGUUCGAAAACUGAUUUAUUAACUUUGAAUGAUAACAUAAAUUAUCGUCUCUAUUACGAAGCAGAUAAACAAUCAAAAUACCUAGAAAACAAUGGAGAAUCAUCCAAAGGUAUUGACAGUCAUACAGAAACGUCGCUGAAUGGAGCAAGAAAUGGAUCAUUCAGAAAAUUAUCAAAUUCUUUUGUCCCAUUCGGAAAAUCCGGCGGGAAGACUCACACGCCGUUAUUUAGCGGCGUUAAGUCUAAGAAUGAAAAUGAAUCUUCAUCUAGAGAACACAGAUAUCAACGAUUUUCAGAAAAUCGCACGUUUAUGCAGAGAGUCUGCGAUAUGAUGCCUGGAACGGGUUCAAGUGUACUAGCCAUAAUCUUGUUGUGCGGGUUGUCCCUUGCAAGUUAUUGGGCAGUCGGCGGUACCAUCGGCGGGUCCUGGGGCGAGGAGCAUUACAAGAAACUAUGGGAGAGAACGCAUCCCGAAAAUGUGAAGAAACCUCUAUCACCCAUGCCACAUGACAAGGUGAUACCCGAAUACAGGUACCACGACCACAACAACUUGAGCACCAAAAACAGAAGCAACGGAACUGAGGCUAAGAAGAAGGAAUUCAGUAAGAAAAACGUGUACGUGGAACGUCCGGCCGCAGUCUUGCGCGAGCUGUGCGCGCUCGUCGCGGACAAUAUGAAGUUCGACUGCUACCCUCAAGGCGACAUCAAUGAGGAGAACUGCGUCAAACGAGGUUGCUGCUGGAAGGUUACACAGAUGAAGGGCGCUCCGUAUUGCUACUACCCGUCGCAGUACGACACGUUCCGUUUCGUGAACAUGACCGAGGACAAGCACUCCAUGACCGUGUUCUACGAGAAGGCUCGACCCUCCGGUUAUCCGGACGACUUUGAACUAGUCCGAAUGGAUUUUAAAUAUAUGUCCGAUGAAAUUUUACAGAUUAAGGUUGGUGUUUCAUUAUCUAUACUCGUAAAUUAA